GCUAGUCAGUCUAUCGUUGAAGUUUGGGCAACACGCAUGCCCAGUCGAAAUAUGUUGGUUCUGAGAUCGUUCACUCUUUUAAUGGUUUUUCAGCCCGUUUUCUUGGAAGGAGCUCGCAUUCUCGCCUUGUUUCCCAUACCAAGUCACUCUCAUUAUUAUCACGCCUUACCCUAUCUGAAAAGGUUAGCUUCUUUGGGGCAUGAAAUAAGCUCUGUGAGUCCAUUUCCAUUAAAGGAACCUAUGACCAAUAUAUACGAAAUCCUUGUUCCGGAAGUGUUUGAGAAUAUUGAGGAAACGAUUAAAAGUUUAUCUGCGUUCAAGGGCACUUGGAAAUAUAUUGAAUUCAUCAACACGUACAACCUUAACCUCGCAAAGUUAGUGCUGAACAAUGACGGAGUUCGUCGGGAGAUACUUAAGCCUGGAAAAGCUAAGUUUGAUCUAAUAAUAGUGGAUCUCUGGCGGCUCGAUGCUCUCUAUGGUUUGGCGGCCUAUUUUGAGGCCCCAAUAAUUGGAAUAGCUUCUUACGGCACCGACUGGAAGAUUGAUGAAUUGGUGGGCAAUACAUCACCGUUGCCGUAUCUGCAGUCUCCGGGGUUUCGAUGGUACGAUCUGGAGACCUACGGAGGACGUUUGGCACACUUUUUGCAACACACUAUUACCUGGAUAAAUUGGCGUUGGCGGCACGAAGAAAAGCAUGAGGCGCUCUACAGAAAGUAUUUUCCUAAAACAGCUGAAAAGCAGCCGCUGUCCGAGAUUACAAGAAACUUUGCUUUGAUUUUGGUCAACCAACAUUUUACAUUGGCUCCUCCUCGGCCAUAUGUUCCCAAUGUAAUCGAAGUGGGUGGUAUGCAUAUUAAUCAGCAUCCGAAAGCUUUACCCAAGGAUUUGGAGGAUUUUAUCGAAGGUGCUGGUGAACAUGGAGUAAUUUACUUUUCUCUUGGCACCAAUGUUAGAGGAAAAAAUCUGGCAAAAGAUCGCCAGAAAGUAUUGAUCGAAACAUUUGCAAACCUGUCGCAGCGUGUCCUGUGGAAAUUUGAGGACGAGAAUUUGCCUGAGAAGCCCUCAAAUGUUUUAAUUAGUAACUGGUUUCCACAGCAGGAUAUUCUGGCCCAUCCAAAAGUUAAGCUUUUUUUAACCCACGGGGGAUUGCAGAGCACCGUCGAAUGUAUACACCAUGGCAAACCCAUGCUGGGGCUUCCCUUUUAUUUUGAUCAGUUCCGCAAUAUGGAACAUAUUAAGAGACAGGGUCUUGGUCUAGUUUUGAACUAUAAGACUAUGACCAGCGUUGAGUUAAAAAAUGCUAUCAUCCGCUUGCUGACAGAGAAGAGUUUCGAUCUAACGGCAAGAACAACAGCGGCUCGAUUUCGGGAUCAACCCAUGAGUCCUUUGGAAACGGCUGUCUGGUGGACUCACUACGUCCUCCGUCACAAGGGAGCACCUCAUAUGCGGGUGGCUGGCAGGGAAUUGGACUUCUUCACCUAUCACAGCCUGGAUGUCCUGGGCACAUUUGUUCUAGUCUUUCUGGUUGUUCUCGCAAUUAUCGUGCUUUGUGUGCUCAAGGUUUUGAAAACGAUUUUAAGACGUGGAGUCGAUAUAAGAAAACGAAAGCAGAAAGUUCGCUAAAAGUUAAUUACAUUUAUGAACAGUUUUUGUUUUUUUUUACGUUGUACAAAAAAAGGUAAUAAGAAACCUGUCAAUGCUUAAUACACCUUCACGAAUUAUCUUUUGAUUAUAACCAGAAUUAUUUUUUUAAAAUAAAAUUAUUUGAAAGAAAAUGGCAAAAAUAAAAAUUGAACUAUCACCUGCCAGAUAAUGGCAGACAAGUAA